AUGACCAGGGUUGAGAAAGUUGCCGUUCUCGGUGCCACCGGUUCUCUCGGUGAGGUCCUCAUUCCAGCACUUCGCGCUGCCAAUUUCGAUGUAACCUGUAUCCUGCGUCCCGCAAGCAAAUCAAUCAUCCAAGGAGUCACCAUCAAGAGAGCAGAGUACACCGAUAAGGAAGCCUUGACGUUGGCCUUAGAAGGCCAGGACGCAAUAGUCGAGGCCUUCAAUCCGGCGGCCGCAAUUCAUCAGAAACAAAUCCUCCAAGCAGUGCUUGCCGCGGGGGUGAAGCACAUAAUCACACCAGACUUCAGCGGCAACACGUUCCAUCCACGCGCCGAGGAUGUUCUCAUCUUCAAUCCCAAGAUCAAGGCUCAGCGUGAGCUCGAAAAGGUAGUCGCUGACUCCGACGGCAAAUUGUCAUGGACAGCGAUAGUGACGGGGCCGUGGUACGACUGGGCGAUCGAGAAGGAGAUAUUCUGGGUCAACAAAGAGAAGAAGGUCAUCACGCGCCACGGCUCGGGAGACCAGCGAUACAGCAUCAGCAGACACGCGCUUAACGGCGAGGCGCUGGUUGCUGUGCUGAAAGACCUUGACAAGUAUAAAAACCGGCCUGCAUAUUUUGCUAGUCACACUGUUUCAACUAAUCAGCUUGUUGCUAUUGUCAAAGAUUUGGGGCUUGAAGGGUGGACGGUUGUUGAUACUCCGUUUGAUGGGCUAUACCAGAAGGCUCACGAGCUGUGGCAGAGGGACACGGAUAAUGGUGUCCAGGACAGACUGAACUCCAAAGCGUACGAGGCUCUUUCCACUGUUGCGCUUCUGGACCAAGACAAUCGCUAUGGAUCCAACUUUGAGAGCCAGGUUGAACCGGGUUGGGAUGAAGGGAAGAUUGCGUUGAAAGAGAACUUGAGGAAACUACUCAGUUAG